UUACUCCUUAAAAGGCCAACGGAGCUGAAGCAGACCGGUAUCGGUCCCUCCCGCCUCGUCUUCCAUUCGCGCACCCGUUGGCUUCUUCCUCCUCCUAACUUACGUUACUUCCUCCAGAGCUGGAAAGCUAGGGUUAGCUUUGUUCCUCAUGCGGUGAGCAUCUUAUUUUCUCGAGCUAGGGUUUAUCGUUUCGGAUCUGAGCAAUGGGGAGUUCGGAAGAGAGAGUUGUGGCUGUGAUUAUGGUUGGAGGCCCUACAAAAGGGACGCGGUUCAGGCCUUUGUCGUUGAAUGUUCCGAAGCCGUUGUUUCCUCUUGCGGGACAGCCGAUGGUUCAUCAUCCUAUCUCUGCUUGCAGCAGAAUUCCAAACUUGGCUCAGAUUUAUCUUAUUGGGUUUUAUGAGGAACGGGAGUUUGCUCUUUAUGUGUCGGCUAUUUCGAAUGAACUCAGAGUUCCUGUUAGAUAUUUGAGAGAAGAUAGACCGCAUGGAUCGGCAGGAGGGCUGUAUACUUUUAGAGAUUAUAUAUUGGAAGAAAAUCCGUCUCAUAUAUUCUUGUUGAACUGUGAUGUUUGCUGCAGCUUCCCACUACCACAAAUGCUUGAUGCCCAUAAAAACUAUGGUGGAAUGGGGACAAUACUAGUAAUCAAGGUUUCCGCUGAAUCUGCAAAUCAGUUUGGUGAAUUGGUGGCUGAUCCUGUAACAAAUGAGCUUCUGCAUUAUACCGAGAAACCAGAGACUUUUGUUAGUGAUCUCAUAAAUUGUGGUGUCUACAUAUUUACACCAGAUAUCUUUAAAGCGAUCCAGGCUUCCUUCACUCAGCGGAAGGAUAGAGCAAAUUUGCGUCGGACAACCAGCUUUGAAGCCUUACAGUCAGCAACCAAAGCUCUUCCUGCAGAUUAUCUGAGGCUGGAUCAGGAUAUUUUGUCUCCUCUUGCUGGGAAGAAAGAGCUUUACACAUAUGAAACUAGUGACUUUUGGGAGCAGAUCAAGACGCCAGGGAUGUCUUUGAAAUGUUCAGGCUUGUAUCUUGCUCAGUUUCGUCGGACUUCCCCCAUUCUUCUAGCUGGAAGCAAGGGAAGCAGAAGUGCUACCAUAAUUGAUGAUGUCUACAUUCAUCCAUCAGCAAAAGUACAUCCAAGUGCCAAAAUUGGUCCGAAUGUCUCCAUUUCUGCAAAUGCUCGGAUAGGUGCUGGUGCCAGACUUAUCAGCUGCAUCAUUUUAGAUGAUGUUGAAAUUAAGGAGAAUGCUGUGGUAAUACAUUCUAUUGUUGGAUGGAAAUCAUCCAUUGGCAAAUGGUCACGUGUACAGGGUGAAGGGGAUUAUUAUGCCAAACUUGGGAUUACUAUUCUUGGAGAGUCCGUAGCAGUGGAAGACGAAGUAGUGGUGAUUAAUAGCAUUGUCCUUCCAAAUAAGACCCUCAAUGUCAGUGUACAGGAAGAGAUUAUCCUCUAAUAAAGCGUCUCCUAUCCAGAAGUAAGGCAGCAGAUGAGUGAGACUCUUUUAUUCUAUUUGUCAUUAUCUUAUUUAAUGCUCUAUUUAGAGGCCAUAAUGAUAUCUGGAAGCUUGAUUGCUAGAGAACAUAAGAUUGUAGAAAAAAAUAAUUGUGUUUGUUCAACUGUGCUUCCACUUAUGUUCAGCAAAGACUUGGCUUAGAAUAAAAUUUUGUUGGUCUGUGGAUUGUGGCGUUUUGCUGGAAA